AUGGAGCGGAGUUACCUGUUGGCCCUCGCCGUCCUCCCGCUCCUGCUGCCGGCUUGGCUGCAGGGCUCUAGCUCCGUGGCUGCGGCGGCGGCGGCGUCUUCGUCGUCGUCCUCCUCCUCGGCGGCGGCGGCGGGUGCCUCUGCUGCGGCGGCGGCGGCCAAGGAGCUGUCGUGCCAGGAGAUCACGGUGCCGCUGUGCAAAGGGAUCGGCUACAACUACACCUCCAUGCCCAACCAGUUCAACCACGACACGCAGGACGAGGCCGGGCUGGAGGUGCACCAGUUCUGGCCGCUGGUGGAGAUCCAGUGCUCGGCCGACCUGCGCUUCUUCCUGUGCAGCAUGUACACGCCCAUCUGCCUGGAGGACUACAAGAAGCCGCUGCCGCCGUGCCGCAGCGUGUGCGAGCGGGCCAAGGCCGGCUGCGCGCCCCUCAUGCGCCAAUACGGCUUCGCCUGGCCCGACCGCAUGCGCUGCGACCGCCUGCCCGAGCAAGGCAACCCGGACACGCUGUGCAUGGACUACAACCGCACCGAGCUCACCACCGCCGCGCCGCCGCCCCCCCAGCCCAAGCCGCCCCCCCGCAAGCCCGCCGCCGGAGGAGGAGGAGGAAUCGCGGCCAGGAACCCCGUGCCCCCGCCGCUGCCCGCCGAGCCGCCCCCGCGCAAGGCCCGCCCGCCGGCCCCCUGCGAGCCGGGCUGCCAGUGCAGGGCGCCCAUGGUGUCGGUCUCCAGCGAGCGCCACCCGCUCUACAACCGCGUCAAGACGGGCCAGAUCGCCAACUGCGCCCUGCCCUGCCACAACCCCUACUUCAGCCCGGACGAGCGCGCCUUCACCGCCUUCUGGAUCGGCCUCUGGUCGGUGCUCUGCUUCAUCUCCACCUUCGCCACCGUCUCCACGUUCCUCAUCGACAUGGAGCGCUUCAAGUACCCCGAACGGCCCAUCAUCUUCCUGGCCGCCUGCUACCUCUUCGUCUCGCUCGGCUACUUGGUGCGCCUGGUGGCCGGCCACGAGAAAGUGGCUUGCAGCGGCGGGCCGGCGGCGGCGGGAGCGGGCCCCGCCGGGCCGGCAGGGGGCGCUGCGGGAGCGGCGGCGGCAGCCGCAGUUGGAGGGCGCGGGGCGGCAGGGGGCGCCGCCGAGCUGCAGCCGGAGCUGGGGGUGGCCGAGCACGUGCGCUACGAGAGUACCGGCCCUGCCCUCUGCACGGUGGUCUUCUUGUUGGUGUACUUUUUUGGCAUGGCCAGCUCCAUCUGGUGGGUCAUCCUGUCCCUCACUUGGUUCCUGGCGGCUGGCAUGAAGUGGGGCAACGAGGCCAUCGCGGGCUAUGCCCAGUACUUCCACCUGGCGGCCUGGCUGCUGCCCAGUGUCAAAUCCAUCGCUGUGCUGGCACUCAGCUCUGUGGAUGGGGAUCCCGUGGCGGGCAUCUGCUACGUGGGCAACCAGAGCCUGGAGAACUUGCGUGGCUUCGUGCUGGCCCCCUUGCUCAUCUACUUGGCCAUCGGCUCCAUGUUCCUGCUGGCCGGGUUCGUGUCGCUCUUCCGCAUCCGGAGUGUCAUCAAGCAGCAAGGGGGCCCCACCAAGACCCACAAGCUGGAGAAGCUCAUGAUCCGCCUGGGCCUCUUCACGGUGCUCUACACCGUGCCCGCGGCCAGUGUAGUGGCCUGCCUCUUCUACGAACAGCACAACCGCCCCCGCUGGGAGGCCACGCACAACUGCCCCUGCCUCCGGGACCAGCAGCCUGACCAGGCCCGCCGCCCAGACUAUGCUGUCUUUAUGCUCAAGUACUUUAUGUGCCUCGUGGUGGGCAUCACAUCUGGAGUGUGGGUCUGGUCUGGGAAGACUCUGGAGUCCUGGAAGGCCCUCUGCACCCGCUGCUGCUGGGCCAGCAAGGGGACUGCUGCUGCUGCGGCUGGCAGCCUGGGAGCAGUUGGCGGAGGAGGAGGGGGCAUGGUGACUGCGGCUGCCGUGGGAGGACUGGGUGGUGGAGGGGGCUCCAUGUACAGUGACGUGAGCACUGGCUUGACGUGGAGGUCGGGCACUGCCAGCUCUGUCUCCUACCCCAAACAGAUGCCCUUGUCCCAGGUGUAA